AUGUCUUCCUCACCUUCCACCCCAACCGCAUCAACAUCUAUCUCUGAACUUCGAUCUCGUCCCCAUCGCCCACCACCACUCGAUCACGUCGAGUCCAACGAAGGUCAUCCCCCACCUGCUUAUCCCCCUACAUCAGAUCCCAGGUCAACUGUCUCUGCCGGUAGCUCUACAAACGUCCAAUUCCCAGGUGGACUAUAUCUGCCCGCUGUGAAAGGUACAAUAAGAGGGAUUGAAUCACCACGAAGGCAUAUGCGAAAUUCACCUAGUAUAUCUACUUUCCGUGACGAUUCAUCAUCUAAUCCUCCCAAUUCAGCAUCUACUAUCCAACCGUCUCGUUCUUCGCAACAAGAUCAGCAGGAACGACGAGAUGCUUCUCCCUCUCCCCCUCCACCUUCAAGCCGAGCUAUAUUCAGGAGUGACCCAACUAUCAAGAGCUGUUUGACGGCGCUGAAGAUGGAUAAAGCGGAUGAGAUAGCUAAGCUAUUCGGGGUCGCUUAG